AAUAACAAAUAGUACUGGACGCACGCGCGAACAAAUGAGGAUGCUAAGAAAUCCUCAUGGUGGUGUGGUGGGUACCAACCUGAAUCAUCUCGAAAGGUGGAGAGGGCAUACGGUGGGACAAUUCUGGAAUGAUUGGGAGAUGCACAUUUUGGUGCUUGUGAGCUUUGCCUUGCAAGUGUUCAUGUUCUUGUUCGCGUUUAUUAGGAAGCGUAACACCGCCCGUGUUCAGAGCGUGCUCCUAUGGCUUGCCUAUGUGUCGGCUGACGCCAUCGCUAUAUUUGUCCUUGGGAGAUUCUCCCUCCACAUCAAUGGCACGCACCAUCGGCUCACGCUCUUCUGGGCGCCCUUCAUGCUCCUGCACCUUGGCGGGCAGGAGACGAUCACAGCCUUCUCCAUGGAGGACAACAUGCUGUGGAAACGGCACCUUCUUACCCUGGUCACCCAGGUGGGGAUGGCUGCUUAUGUGGUUGGCAAGCAACGGCAGGGAGAAAAGCAGCUGCUGGCUCCCAUGGUGCUCGUGUUCUUCUCAGGCACCCUCAAGUAUGCCGAGAGAACAUGCGCCCUCAUGCGCGCUGCCAAAGCUUGCAGUGAUGGCAGGGUGCUGCAGGAUUCUGCUUGGUCAUCUAAUACCACUAAUCAUCACUAUAUCGAUUCCUGGUUGAAGGGCCACACUGGAGUAAAUGAGGUAACAUACAAGGGAAUGGUAUCUGAAGCCCUAGACUACUUCGACUUAUGCUUGGCUUUCUUGAUGGGCAUGGCAUCGAUGCGACCUAGGCCUCCAGAAUAUUCCUUGACGGCAAGUAGUGUCUUGCGGUCUGAGAAAGACAGAACCCAUGUUUGUUACAAGCUAACUGAGAUCCAGCUCUCGCUUGUCUAUGACUACUUGUACACCAAGUUUGGGUCACGUUUCAUGCACCUUCUCCAGCUUGUCACAUUCAGCUCCACCUUUACAGCCCUGGUGCUGUUUGCUCGGGCUCAUCAUCAUCACAAGGGUCCCUUCCACGACGACGACAACAGAGCCGACGUUAUUGUGUCCUACAUCCUGCUCAUUGGCGCUGUCAUUCUGGACGUACUCUCCAUCUUCUUUGCAGUCUCUUCAUACUACUGGUGUUGGGAAACCUUGUUCAGUUUACUCCAUCCAGAGAGCAGGCAGCAAUGGUCGGGAAAGCUGGCACAGGAAAGCUUCAUCGGCCCAUGUAUUAAAAGGAAGCGAGCAAUUGAUCGGGGUGUAGUGCGAUACCUCAUGUAUUUGGUCUUGGUCCGCGUCAAGGGCGACACCGUCGCGCACGUCGGCGUCUCUGAUGAGCUGAAGAAGCUCCUCCUUGGUAAGCUGGUAGAUGUAGCAGGGAGAACAAGCCGAGACAACGUGUGGGACUGCAGCAAGUUCACCGGCCAAUGGGCGAAGUUGGAGCUACGGAGCAAACGCCAGGGUCGGUCGUCGUCGGCGGCGACUCUUUGGAACCUGCUCAGCGAAAGCGCUGAGCGUCCCGGCUUCAUGUCCACUGUCCUUGCUUGGCAUGUAGCCACGGAGAUGUGCUUCUACCAUGACGAGGGCACCAGCAGGCAAUCUCCAAUACUAUGCAGAGAGCUGUCCAAUUACAUCAUGUACCUCACUUCCAAGCAUGGCAUCAUAUCCGGCGGUGAAGGGCUCCUCCUGCUCGACAAUGCUCGGAAUCUAAUCUCCGACUUCCUGGUAGCCUACAAGAAGGAUGACCUAGAUCUAGACGACCCAAGUGGCGCUAUCACAAAGAUAAUUACUGAAAAUGCACAUAAACUGCAAGGGGAUGAAUCGACUCAGCGACCUGGUGUCCUGCAGUCUCCUCAGCCUGCCCUAGUUCUUGCUUUCCGACUCCAAGAGGAGCUGAUGAAGAUGAGCGAAGCGAGCGAUCGAUGGGGGGUCAUCGCAAAUGUCUGGAUGGAGAUGGUUUGCUACAUGGCGCUUCACUGUGAGGCUGCCUUCCACGCCCAGCGUCUAAGCACUGGCGGGGAGUUCCUCACUCAUGUCAACGUUCUCAUCUAUGAUCUAGGCCUCCCGUAUUCAACGUAUUUCUCUGAAGCGGAUGAAGAAAGCCACCAGACUCAUGCAUGUAUAUAUUCGAGUGAUGAGCAACUUAACAGCGAAUAAAUUUAUGUAUAUAUAUGUAUG